AUCGAUGACAGCCAGGUUGUGGCAACAAGAUAUAGCAAGGUAUCAAGAGUGGGAGUUUGGAACUCAUAGUCGAGGAAAUAACAAUCCUACUGCGUGUAAUGCACCUGGUCUUCCUGCAUUUCAAGUUAAUAUUCCAGUUUCGGAAGUUUUUUGGGAUCCGCCAAUACCAACUGUAGCUGGAUAUACACCAGCAGUUCCUUUCUUAAUCACUGCUGUCGAUUUUAGCAUUGAUUUAUACCAAAUUCAACAAUUAGUCUUGAAUAAUCAAAAUAAUACAUAG